AACAUCAUUGCAUCACUCCUUACUGAACAGAAGGAGGUACAUAAACGAGUGGCGUAAGAUCAGGAGAAACUUUCAGGGCAAACUUUGUCCCUUCUUGGACUGUCUGCUGUGACCUCAGCUCGGACUUUACCAGCACGGCAAGGGGAGCAGCAAAGAUGGGGAAGCGAAAGUUCUCAGGGUUAGAGAUUACCCUGAUAGUGCUGUUUGUCCUGGUUGGGAUUGUUGCUAUAGCACUUGUUGUCCUGCUGGCCACGGGAGAGCCCGCUGUCACCAAAGAGCCAACAAACCCAACCCAGCAGCCAGAUCCAGAGCCUUUUGUGCCAGUUUGUCCAGACAUCCCAAUCGCAGAGAGAGUGGAUUGUCACCCAGAGGCCGGCGGCUCCCAGCAAAGAUGUCUGGCAAGGGGCUGCUGCUGGAGUCCGCUGGACCAGACCAACGUACCUUGGUGCUUCUUCUCUAGUAACAAUGGCUACACUGUGGUCAGUCAGAACCGUGCUGAUAGAACAAGACUGGAGGCCCAGUUGAAACGAGUGAACUCACCUUCUCUGUAUGGGGCAGAAAUAACAGAGCUGACCUUCACUGCUGAAAUGCAGACAGAAAAUCGCCUUCGAUUCCAUAUCACUGAUGCAAACAAAGCCAGGUUCGAAGUCCCUCAUGAACACGUUAACUCUCUGACCAGCUCCCCUAAUGGACCCCUGAACUACGAGCUAGAACUUGUCCACAGUCCAUUCGGAGUCCGAGUCCGCAGAGUGUCCAACAGAAAAAUCUUGUUUGACACCACUGUGGCUCCACUGAUAUUUGAAGAUCAGUAUCUGCAGAUCUCUGCUAAGCUCGCCUCAGACAACGUCUACGGCCUGGGAGAGCACGUCCACCAGAACUACCGCCACGAUAUGAACUGGAGGACCUGGCCCAUCUUUACAAGAGACUCCUUCCCCAAUGGAGGAACGCACAACAUUUACGGUCACUAUCCCUUCUUCAUGUGCUUGGAAACCGACCAAGGCGAAUCCUUUGGCGUUUUCCUAAUGAACAGCAAUGCUAUGGAUGUGACUCUUCAGCCGGCACCAGCAGUGACCUACAGGACAAUCGGAGGAGUGUUGGACUUCUAUAUUUUGCUUGGAGCCACACCAGAGGCCAUCGUGCAGGAGUUCACAGAGCUGGUUGGCAGGCCCACCAUCCCCCCUUACUGGGCCUUUGGCUUUCAGCUCUCUCGCUGGGACUAUGGCAGCCUGGAAGAAGUGAAGAGAACGGUUGAGAGGAAUCGUGAGAUUGGCCUCCCUUACGACACCCAGUACACCGACAUUGACUACAUGGAGGAUAAAAAGGACUUCACGUAUGACAUGGUCAAAUUCAAGGACUUGCCUCAGUUUGCUGACUACAUGCACGAGCAAGGGCAAAAAUACAUUCUCAUAUUGGAUCCUGCCAUAGCCAUCAGCAAGAGAAUCAACGGCACCUACGAGUCCUACGACAGGGGAGCUGAGGUUGAGGCCUGGAUCACUGAGGCAGACGGAACGACGCCGUUGGUUGGAGAGGUUUGGCCUGGAGCAACUGUGUUUCCUGACUACACCAAGCGAUCCUGCAUCGACUGGUGGGUUGAUGAAAUCGAACGGUUCUACAAGGAGGUGAAGCAUGAUGCGAUUUGGAUUGACAUGAACGAGGUGUCCAGCUUUGUGCAAGGUUCCAGCAAAGGAUGUGCUGCCAACAAGCUGAACUAUCCUCCAUUCACUCCAAAGAUCCUGGAUGAUUUGAUAUACAGUAAGACCUUAUGUAUGGAUGCUAAGCAGGCCUGGGGGAACCACUACGAUGUACACAGUCUGUAUGGCUACUCCAUGGUCCUAGCGACCGAUGAGGCAGUGAAGAAAGUCUUUGGCAACAACCGUUCGUUCAUACUCACCCGCUCUUCCUUCCCCGGAGUGGGCAAGUACUCCGGCCACUGGCUGGGAGACAACGCUGCCAACUGGAAUGACAUCAAGUGGGCCAUCCCCGGGAUGCUGGAGUUCAGUCUCUUUGGGGUGCCUUAUAUUGGUGCAGACAUCUGUGGCUUCUUCGACGACGUAACCGAGGAGCUUUGCAGACGCUGGAUGCAAGUUGGAGCUUUCUACCCCUUCAGCCGCAACCACAACGCUCAAUACUACAAACCUCAGGAUCCUGCAGCCUUUGGUGCCGACUCUCUGCUGGUGAAAACCUCGAAACACUACCUGAGUAUCCGCUACACGCUGCUGCCAUACCUCUACACACUCUUCUACAAGGCCCACGUCAGCGGAGACACAGUGGUGCGACCUGUCAUGCAUGAGUUUUACUCUGACUCGGCUACCUGGACAGUGGACCGUCAGUUCCUGUGGGGAGCCCAUCUGCUCAUCACACCUGUGCUGGAUGCUGGUGUGGACACAGUUAAAGCCUACAUCCCUGACGCUGUGUGGUACAACUACGAGACGGAAGAGAAGAUAACAGAGAGAAAACAGCAAGUGGAUAUGUACCUGCCGGCCGAUAAACUGGGUUUACACAUCAGAGGAGGAGCCAUUCUGCCCAUUCAGAGGCCUGCGGUCACUACCACACACAGUCGUCGCUCUCCCAUGGGUCUGAUCAUCGCGCUCGAUGACAACAACGAAGCGUCAGGCGAGCUAUUCUGGGACGACGGAGAAUCUCGAGACACUGUUUCCUCCGGAGCCUACAUCCAUUACAAGUUCUCUGUGGUCUACGGAGUGCUGACCAUGCAGGUCCAACACAACGGCUAUGUUGACCCUAACAACCUGGUGUUUGAGAACAUCACUGUCCUGGGGCUGAGCAGCCCCCCCACAGCCGUUUCCAUCACUGAGGGUAGCUCGGUCGUGGCAGUUCCUGAGUUUAACAUUCAGUACGACUCUCUGAAGAAGGUUCUGUACCUGCGAGGUUUGAGCAUGGAGCUGGGCAAGAGCUACACGGUCAACUGGAGCUCGGUCAUCUCUGACUUCGAGCGCAUCGACUGCUACCCCGAGGACGGCAGUGAUGAAGCCAAAUGCUCAUCCCGUGGCUGCAUCUGGCAGCCCACAAAUCUCAACGGCAUGCCCUGGUGCUACUUCCCCCAGGACUACGGUUACAUCGCAGAGCCAGUGACAGAAACCCCAACUGGCUGGAACUUUAACAUUGUACGCAACACUAAAUAUCCGGCACCACGCGCAGCAUCCAGAGACAUAGACACACUGCAAGUGGAGAUCACUUACCUCAGCCCACACUCCCUGCGCUUUAAGAUCUAUGACCCGGCCAAUAAACGUUACGAGGUGCCUGUGCCCCUCACAUUACCGUCCGACCCCAGUGUCCCAGAGAGCAGGAGGAUGUACCGGGUACAGGUCACUCAGCAGCCGUUUGGCAUCCAAGUGAUCAGAAACAGCACCGGGACUGUAAUAUGGGACUCGUCACUUCCUGGCUUCACCUUCUCAGACAUGUUCAUUCAGGUGUCCACGCGCCUCCCCUCGCAGUACAUCUACGGCUUCGGAGAGACGGAGCACGCCAGCUUCAGACAUGACCUCAACUGGCACACAUGGGGGAUGUUCAGCAAAGACCAGCCUCCUGGGUAUAAGAUGAACUGUUAUGGUGUCCAUCCGUUCUACAUGGGACUAGAACCGACAGCCCAUGCCCAUGGAGUUCUCCUGCUCAACAGCAAUGCAAUGGAUGUGACUCUACAGCCGACUCCAGCCCUCACCUACCGCACCAUCGGAGGCAUCCUGGACUUCUACAUGGUGAUGGGACCCACUCCAGAACUGGUGGUGCAAGAGUACACUGAGAUGAUUGGCCGACCAGUACUCCCAGCCUAUUGGUCACUGGGUUUCCAACUCUGUCGCUAUGGCUACACCAAUGACACAGAGAUUGCGGAGCUGUACAGGGACAUGAAAAGCGCCGGCAUCCCUUACGACGUGCAGUACGCAGAUAUUGACUACAUGGAGCGUCAACUGGACUUUACACUGGGCAAGGACUUCCAGGGUCUACCUGCUUUGGUGGAAAGCAUGAGGGCUGAGAAAAUGCGCUUCAUCUUCAUCCUGGACCCAGCAAUCUCAGGCAAUGAGACGGAACCAUAUCCUGCUUUUGAACGUGGUGUCAAAGAUGACGUCUUCAUCAAGUGGCCUGCUCACCUGGGCGAUGGCAUCGUCUGGGGAAAGGUUUGGCCUGACUUCCCUAAUGUUGACGUGGAUGAGUCUCUGGAUUGGGACACUCAAGUUGAGAUUUACAGAUCCUAUACAGCCUUCCCUGAUUUCUUCCGGAACCAUACGGCAACCUGGUGGCACAGAGAAAUCUCAGACUUCUACACAAACACUAUAAAGUUUGACGGCAUCUGGAUUGACAUGAACGAACCAUCCAGUUUUGUGCACGGCACGGUUGGAGGGAAGUGUCUAGGGGACGACAUCUAUGAAAACCCGCCUUACAUGCCACCGCUGGAGUCUAAACAUGAGGGUCUGAACCACAAGACCCUCUGCAUGAACAGUGAACAGUUUCUUCCUGGCGGCACUCCAGUCAAACACUACGACGUACACAAUCUGUAUGGCUGGUCACACACCAAGCCAACCUACGAUGCCUUGCUGAAUGUGACUGGAGCGAGAGGAAUCGUUGUGACCCGCUCUACCUACCCCACUAGUGGACAAUGGGCUGGACACUGGCUGGGAGACAACAAUGCCAGCUGGGACCAACUCUACAAGUCUAUCAUAGGCAUGUUGGAGUUCAGUUUGUUUGGCAUCUCUUAUACCGGCGCAGAUAUUUGUGGGUUCUUCAAUGAGGCAGAAUAUGAGAUGUGUCUGCGCUGGAUGCAGCUGGGAGCUUUCUACCCAUACUCCAGGAAUCACAAUGGCAAGGGCAACAAGAGGCAAGACCCAGUGGCCUGGGAUGCUCCUUUUGCUGAGGCGUCCCGAGACGUGCUAAAUAUCCGGUACACGCUCCUCCCCUACCUAUACACACUGAUGUAUGAAGCCCACACCGAGGGAAGCACUGUGGUCAGGCCGCUGCUGCACGAGUUUGUGAAUGACAAAGUGACGUGGGAUAUUCACAGACAGUUCCUCUGGGGUCCAGCCCUGCUCAUCUCUCCAGCACUGGAGAAGGGCGAGACUGUGGUGUCUGCUUAUGUCCCUAAUGCUCGCUGGUAUGAUUACCACACGGCCAGAGCUCUGGACGUUAGAGGCCAGUUUGUUAACAUGCCAACUCCACUGAACAAAAUCAAUCUCCAUGUCAGAGGAGGCCACAUCCUGCCAUGGCAAAAGCCAGAGAAUAACACGUUCUACAGUCGGAAGAAUCCUCUGGGACUGAUCGUUGCCCUUGGAGAUGAUGGAACAGCGCGAGGUUCUCUGUUCUGGGACGAUGGAGAGGGCAUCGACACUGAUAAGAGUGGGCAGUACCUCCUGCAGUCCUUCAGCGUGUUUAAGAAAACUCUAACAAGCACUCUUCUUCAAAAUGGCCUGGACCCCGCUGACCGUCUGAGGCUGGGUCAUGUGCGAGUUUGGGGGACAGGAAGUAUUCCCAUCACUAAAGUCUCCAUUACCUACCCCGGAGAUUCAGGAUCCCUGCUGAAUUUCUACCACGAUGCAGUAACAGAGGAGCUGGUCAUCGACACCACUAGUGGGCUAUAUUUUGUGGGUCAACACUUCAGUAUUUCCUGGAGCACAGGGCUAUGACACAGGAACAGUCCAAUUCAGCACACAUAUGCCUCAAUAGCCUGCCAAAUUAACACAUGAUCAUCUUUCUUUAUUGCAUGAAUUUAAACGUAUUUAUGAAGCUAAGCGGUGGUGCUAAUAAAAAAAAAGAAAUAGAAAGAAAGAAAUUAUAAUGUAAUUUGUAUUAUAAGCGGUAAGAUUAUAUAUUUUAAUUUCUGUUCUCUACUGAGAAUAUUGUGUCAUGUAAAAUGCAUAUGGGGAGCAUAUUGUCAGUAUAUAAUAUCCAGAUUGUAAGGAUUUGUAAUGAAAAUAAAGGCCUUCAUUUCUGAAAAUAAA